AUGGACCAGCCUGUCAGUUCCGUUUCGCACAUGGCUGAGAGCGAAAUCGCUCCCUCUGCGCCAAAACCUCUCGACAAUUGUUCGUCGGAGGCCCGAACAGCGCCUCCAACAGAUACAGCCAAGGAAAGCGACAGUAGAGCAGGCUUCGCAGGCCGUCGGGGUGGUAAGAAGAGGGACAUGGGACGUAAGGAGUGGAGUCGUAAUCCAGUUGACAAGCGCGCCCGGAACACCCAGACUCAACGAUCAGUCAAGCGUCUCCGUAUAGACGGGGAGGAGAGAGGCCUCCCAGUCUAUGCUACCAAGUAUACAGAGGAUGAAAUUGCGAAGCAAGAAAGGAGGCCGAAGAGAAAAGUCGCCGUAAUGAUUGGGUACUCAGGAACUGGUUACAAGGGUAUGCAGCUGAGCAACGAAGAGAAGACUAUCGAGGGUGAUCUUUUUCGCGCUUUCGUUGAGGCCGGGGCAAUUUCUAAAGCCAACGCUGAUGAUCCCAAAAAGUCGUCGCUCGUCCGAUGUGCUCGCACAGACAAGGGAGUCCACGCAGCUGGUAACGUCAUAUCACUUAAGCUCAUCAUCGAGGAUGACGAUGUGGUCUCCAAGAUUAAUGAAGCGUUGAGUCCUCAAAUCCGAGUUUGGGGGAUUGAACGCACGAACAGUAGUUUCAGCGCGUACCAGAUGUGUGACUCGAGAGUCUACGAAUACUUGAUACCGUCUUACUGUUUCCUGCCUCCGCACCCAAAAAGCUUCCUCGGCGAGCAAAUUCUUAAGAUUGCCGAAGAGGAAGAUGAUCUUGAAGGCUACCGACAGCGGCAAGAGGACGUAGCUAAUUUUUGGAAAGAGAUAGCAGAACAACACGUCAAACAGGCUGUCGAAACACUAGAUAACUCUCUUCAGGAUGAGGUGCUCAAUCUAUUUCAUAGCCAGUAUGCCGCCCGGCAUACACUCGGCCAAAGUGUUGGGACGGAUAGAUCGCUAAAUAGUCAAGCUCCAUCGGACGAGCUGACCCCCAAAACUAAGUCGUUACCAUUGCAAACAGAAAUACCAGAGAAGCGGUACAAUCACGACCAUUCUACGAGUAAUCCGCAUCCAGAGCCACCUACUAUAGAGUCAUCUUCUCAAGCUAGUAAUGACGCCAACACCCGAAGCGAGUUUGUUCUCCGUACACUCCGUGCAGCUAUUAACGUCGCAAAACGUACUUACCGUAUCCCGUCUUCCCGCAUAGCGAAGAUACGCUCUACGCUAUCACGUUACGUUGGCUCCCAUAGGUUUCAUAAUUAUACGGUUGAUAAAACUGCAAGAGAUCCGUCUGCCGUGCGGAUCAUCAAAUCUUUCACCGUUGAUUCUGACCCUAUCAUAAUUGGUGGCACGGAAUGGCUUUCUCUCAAAGUCCACGGCCAGUCUUUCAUGAUGCACCAGAUCCGUAAAAUGGUCUCUGCUGUCGCUCUGGUUGUGAGAUGUGGAUGCCAUGAAGGGCGUAUCCAGGACACAUAUCUACCCGACAAGCUGAGUAUACCCAAGGCUCCGUCAUUAGGGCUGCUCUUGGAAAGACCUGUCUUUGACAAGCAGAAUGAGAAGAUGACGGAAUAUGGGAGAGGUAGUGUUGACUUCGAGAAGUAUAAAGUGGAGAUGGCAGAGUUCAAGCAGAGGGAAAUAUACGAUAGGAUUUUCCAAGUUGAGGAAAGGGAAGGGAUGUUUUUGGCAUAUUUUGCGGGCUUAGAUUCGACAAGGAGCUCUAGCUUGUUUUGGGCGGGUAGUGCGGGCGUGCGAGGGAUCAAGAGGGAUAUUGGUAACAAUGGAGGGGAUGACCCACAAGGGAAAGAGAGACCAUCAUACGAGGAGGAAGACGAGCACGGUGCGCAGGAAGAUAAUUGA